AUGCAUCAGCAAGCCUCAUUGAAAUCACCGUUACUGUUGAAUUUUCAAACCUCACAAAUAUUAGGUAAACCAGACUUUAAGGAUUCUUUGUUGUCUGCAUUAUCUAAAGUAGCUACUGCUGAAAUGGAGAACAAUAAAACAAUGUUUGCAAGAAAGAGGUCAAUUUCAACCGAUUCCGAAACGGAUGAUGAGACUAGUAGUACUCGUGCUACAAAUAGCACUACUGCAAUCACCUCUAAGAUAACCAACCCCCAUACCGCUACUGUUGGCGGUACUGCUGCUACUGCUGCUGCUACUAACCAAGUUAAAGAGUCAAAUGGCAAUAGCAAUAAACCUCAAAUCACUUUUAUCCACAGAUUAUACAAUAUGUUACACGACGAUUCAAUUAAACAUUUGAUAUGGUGGCAUGAAAAUGAAGAACAUUUCCAUAUAAAUGCCACUGAGGAAUUCACUAACAUUUUGCCAAAAUACUUUAAACACAGUAAUGAGCAAUCUUUUAUCAGACAAUUGAACAUGUAUGGGUUUCAUAAGAUUAGUAAUGAAACUAGUGAUAAAAAGGAAACACAGGCACCGCUGCUGCUGCUGCUGCUGCUGCUGUUACUGCUGCUGCUGCCACUGCUGCCUUUACUGGUGAAGAAUUCAAAACGAUGGGAGUUCCGUCAUAGUCAAGGACAAUUUAGAAAAGGUGCGUAUGACUUGUUAAAUUCGGUUAAGAGAAGAAGUACAAAGAAUUUGAAUUUGCAGAGAGAAGUUGUAAAUUUAAGGUCUAUUCCAAUGGAAAGCUGCAGUCCAUCCUUAAAUGGAACAGUAGGAUCCUGUUCUGGUAUGCUCACUCCUACUACUGAAAAAGCUCAACCUCAUAUGCUUACCCCAAAGAGUAUCGAAAUGUCUGCAUCUUCAUCAUCAUGUUUCUUGUCGAGGCCACCAAUACCACCACCACCACAACAACAACAACCACUGCUGAAACUUUAUACAACUGUUGCUAAUAAUCUUCCUGUACAAGUGGGAACUCCAUUGAAUGCAAUGCCAACAAUUUUGCAACCACAGCAACAAUCACCACCACUACCACUACCAUCAUUACAGCAGCAGCAGCAGCAACAACAACAACAACAACAACAAUCAUUACCACCACCACCACCGCCACAACAACAACAACAACAACAACAACAACAAAUGGGUAGUUAUACUCUCCCUCAACCACCAUCUCAAGAACAGCUGCACCUUCAACAACAUCUACAACCACCUGCAUUACAAGCAAGACCCUCAUUUUCAAGAAACUAUGUUUUCAAACCUCCUAUGACGUCCAUUCCUCAAUCAGUCGCUACGAUACCAGAUGAUGAUUCAACUACAAAGGACUCUUUAAAAGCUGAAUUAUCACAACUCAGAGAAAUGUACAAUUCACUUUCUUGCGAUCAUCAACAACUCCAAAACACUUUUAUGGCUAUGUUGGACAUACUUGAAGAGGAAGGAACAUCAUCUUCAUCACCGGAGAUAAUCACCAAGAAGCUUAGGCAGUUCAAACAGUCAUUUUUGGCGAACAGACAAAACAUGAGCAUGAGCACGCCAAGCUCUCCUCAGUCUCGGUUGUCCCAUGUACAACUACAGCCACAACCACACUUGCAAGCUCAUAUAUAUCCUUUUCCAAGAAGGUUUUCCUCCGAACACUACAAUCAUCAACAACAACAACAACAACACCAACAGCAGCAGCAGCAGUUUUUUGCAAUGAGGGCUGAUUCAACAUGUAGCCCAUUAAACACCAGUCAUAUGAAAAACAAUAGCAAUGCCGGUUCAUUGGUUUCGAGUAGAACAUCUUCUUUAGCUUCAUUGUAUGAUAGUGGAAAGAAGAUUACCUCGGGAAGUGGUAUCAAUUUAAAUACAGGAUCUAGUGCUGCUUCCACAUCUAGAUUGCCUAGUGUUUUUGAGUUAGAUUUGAGCUUGAAUUUGAAAAGAUUACCUCCAGUUGACCACUCUGAGCACCUUCAACAUCAACAGCCAUACUUGAAGAGAAUCAAAUUGGUAUAA